AUGCUGUCCUCUUCGCUUCGCACCCUCUGCAUCAGAGGCCCCUCAAUUGCCUCUCGUUCCUUCAGCACCACUUCCGCCGCCCAUGCUGCCGAGGUUAAGUCUCUGGGUGUCAUUGGAGCUGGUCAGAUGGGUCUUGGGAUUGCACUGGUCGCCGCUCAGAAGGCCCAGGUUCCUGUCACCCUGAUUGACAACUCCCAGGCGUCGUUGGAUAAGGGUCUCAAGUUUGCCGACAAACUACUCGAAAAGGAUGUCUCCAAGGAGCGGAUCACCCGGGAUGCCGCCGACGCCGCCCGCUCCCGCAUCACCACGAGCCUGAAGAUGGACGACCUGUCGUCGGUGGAUUUUGUCAUCGAGGCCGUUCCGGAGAUCCCCGACCUCAAGACCUCCAUCUUUUCCAAGCUCGCCCAGGUCGCCCCGAAGCACGCCAUCCUCGCGACCAACACCUCCUCCAUCUCCAUCACCAAGAUCGCCGCCGCCACGACGACCGAUCCGACAGACCUGCAGGCUCCGUCGCGCGUCAUCUCCACGCACUUCAUGAACCCCGUGCCCGUCCAGAAGGGCGUGGAGAUUAUCUCCGGUCUGCAGACGUCCAAGGAGACCCUGGACACUGCGAUUGCGUUCGUCGAGCGCAUGGGCAAGGUCGCCUCCAUCUCUGCGGACUCGCCGGGCUUCCUGGCCAACCGCAUCCUCAUGCCCUACAUCAACGAGGCGAUUAUCUGCCUCGAGACUGGUGUUGGAGGUCGCGAGGAUAUCGACAAUAUCAUGAAGAAUGGAACAAAUGUCCCCAUGGGUCCGUUGACCCUGGCUGACUUCAUUGGUCUGGACACCUGUCUCGCGAUCAUGAACGUCCUGCACCAGGAGACGGGUGACAGCAAGUACCGGCCUUCGGGACUGCUGAAGAGAAUGGUCGAUGCGGGCUGGAUGGGUAAGAAGACUGGCAAGGGUUUCUAUGAAACCCUAAUCAGCAGCCCCGCAUCUCCAACCAAAAUUUCUCCCGCCCAAAAGCACUCCAACGAACAACUCACAACAAACCUCGACAUCACCAACACGCCAGUUCUCAAAAUGGCCGACAAAUUCCCCAUAACUCUCACGACCUCCAUCACGCUCGCGGAGCAAUUCCAGCAGGCCCUCUCCUCCCCAGACACCACCCCCUCCACCGCGCACUCAGGAAAAGAUGCCCUCCCGCUACUGUCCGCAUCCGCCACCGCGCUCAAAGCGCAAGUGACCAAGCUGUCACUCCUGGCAAUUACGUCGCCAUUCACGCCGUCGGCGGCGGUGUCCGUCCUCAGCGAUCUGAACGAAUCCGUGCUCCCGACACUCGUCAGCGCCGCGAUGCUCGUCACGCCGGAUUUCCAUACAAAGGCCUUCCAGGGCGAGGUGCGGAACUUGACCAAGACGACUUUGAAAGAGGUUUUGUCGCUACUGGGGGAGGUGAAGAACGUCGCGGCGAAAAAGGACGAGGAAAAGAAGGCGAAGAAGAAGGAGUCCGACUUGGCGCAGGGGGAGAAGGAUGUCGUCACCGUCGCGACGGGGCGCGUGUGGGACUCGUGUGAUGUGCUGGUGGAUGUUGCGGCGAAGGGGGUUGUGGGGUUUGUGGUGCGGCGCGUAGAGGAGUGGAGGGAUCUUGUGCGCGACGCGGUGGAGGAGAUUGAGGAGUGGGAUCCUGAGGAGGAGGGGGAUGAGUUCUUUGAUGAGUUGUUGAGUGAUGACGAGGAGGGAGAUGCGAAGGAUGAUGACGAUGAGGGUGGGGAUGGGGAUAGUGCUGCGCUGCAUGAGCAGAAGAAGACGACGCUGCGCAUCCUCAAGCCGGUUGGGCAGGUUUAUCCGGCUGUCGUCGCGCAUCGGCUGAAGAAGGCUGUUGAGUCGCCGGCUGUCGUUAAGAAGUUGGGAUCUUUGAUGGCGCAGCUGCAGCGCAUUCCGGAGAAUAUCGACGAGGUUGCUGGGGCGUUGUAUGAGGAGGAUUGGGAAAAGUGUACGCAGUACCUGCGCAAGACGAAGGAUUGUGCAGUCAAGGCUGUGGAAUUGGUGGUGACGCCGCUGGACGACUCUGCGGACAGCCAGCAGCGAACGGAUGACAAGUUUGUCCCUUGGUCGAAGACGUGGAUGAAGGUCAUUGAAGAGGUUAGCAAGCCUAUCGAUGGUUCUGCAGGUGCGGAGUAG